AUGUCGCCGAGGUACGUAUUUUCCGGUCUAUCACCGCAUAGAUAAUACAAAUUCUCAGCUCACAUAUCUCUCGUAUGAAUGUAGCAUACCUCCGCCAUGAGUUUGCACGUCAUCGGUCAUUUCAAAAUAGCUCAAAAACUACCAAUCGGACAAGAAAUAUCAGUCUCUGAACUCGCAAACCAACGCAAAAUACGAACCCCAAAUCUCCGUAGAAUCCUUCGGUAUUCCACAAAACAGCAGAUCCUCAAAGAAACCCCCUCAGGCUCGAUAAAACAUACAGCAGCCUCAAGAGCUAUUCUCCAAGUCCCAUUCUUGGACCAGUAGCUAGAGAUGUCAAUGGAAGAGCUGUAGCCUGCUACUACUGAUGUAGUCACAGCGAUGGAUAAAUGGCCUGAUAAUGAGGAGCCUAAUGAAAGUGUAGGCUGCUCUCCUUUCCUUCCCCUUGCUGGUGUAAUCCAGUAUCUGAUAAUCUGACGCGAAAUCAAGGAUUCAACAUAGCCCAAACCACUAACUUAACAGCCUAUGCGAAUUCGAGAAAGACGUUGCUCGAGAGAAGAGAUUCGCCGACGCCAUGAGUGUCUUUCACCAGGACCCUGGAUUUGCGCCAGGGAUUUUGGUUGACCACUACGAUUUUGCGAGUUUUCAUCACGGUGUGUUCGUGGAUAUAGGAGGUUCACUUGGUUUUAUCAGUAUCGAUAUUGCAAAGAAGCAUCCAAGUAUGCAACUGGUGGUACAGGAACAUCCUGAGGUUGUGAAAGAAGGAAAGGAACAAUUACCCUCCGAACUCGCUAAUAGAGUAACAUUCAUGGCGCAUGAUUUCUUCACCGAGCAGCCGGUGAAGAAUGCAGAUGUGUAUUAUUUCCGAUGGAUCUUCCACAAUUGGUCAGAUAAAUACGCGGUGGCGAUAUUGAAAAACCUGAUUCCAACAUUGAAGAAAGGUGCGGAAGUUGUCGUGUCUGACCUUUGCUUACCACCACCGGGAAUGCUGCACGCCGAGACAGAACGCACCCUAAGGUACAUCUCUGUUGCCUACUCUCAACCACAGUGAAACUGGUUAACAAAUGGUCAAGGAUAUAUGAUCUAUGCAUGAUGGAGCUCCAGAAUGGAAAAGAGAUAGAUUCGGGAGACUGGAAACAACUCUUCCUCGAUGCCGACAAGCGAUUUGUCUUUGAGGGUGUUACACAGCCGACGGGGUCUGCUCUUGCUAUUAUUGAAGUGAGAUGGGAUGGAGAUGCGACAUCCAAGUAG